AUGGAUUCAAUUUUGAGAAAGAAAAUUCUAACCACAUUCCUUAUAAUUGGAAUGUUUUUGUUUAAUAGUUUUGUGAGAAGUGAACCAAAUACCAAAGAGAUUAACCAUAUUUGCAAUGGCAAUGUGUAUGAUAAGAGUGGUCCAUUUGCACUAAGUUUGGCUUAUGUUGUUGAAGCAUUACAAAAUGUGACACCAAAUCAAGGUUAUGAUUACUACAUAACAUCUCCUUAUCCUAAUGAUGCAUUAGCUUAUGGCCAUGCUACUUGCAACUCCAUUAUUGAAUUUUCAGAUUGUGGUCUUUGUUUAAGUAGUGCAAAAACAUUCUUGUUGAGUACUUGUGAUGGUAACAUUGGAGGUCAAGUCGAAUUUGUUGAUUGCUCAAUGAGGUACGAGCAAUACUCGUUCAGCUAA